AUGUUCCAAUCCGAAGGAAUAUGGUGUGAAAAGCAGAGAUAUAUCUCCACACGUAAAUAUGAUAAGCAGCAAAAUACGGAUUAUAAAAGUGGAAUUGUAGCUGGAUCAGUUAAAGAAAUGGUUAAACCUAAAUCAAAUGCAAAUUCUCGGAAAGAGCGGCUACUUUUACCACAAGACAACAUAGUCAGCGAUGGCCUUGUUGCAUUCUAUGCAUAUAUGUCCAAUCCAGAAAACAACCCUAGUGUCCAUCUAACAUUAAUAUAUGACGUCUCCGUCACCAAUGUUGGAAAUGGAUACAAUCAUGUGACCGGAAUCUUUACCGCACCAACAAGUGGAGUUUACGUGUUUAUAUGGGUAACCAGAGUUUUAUCUGGUGAACAUUCUACCCAGCUUAUGAUUAACAAUCUGUCUAUGGAGUCAUCUUGA